CAGUGACCCGGAUGUAAACAAAGAUUUGGGACGCCAUGUUUGAUUGAGGGACAACCAUCCUGCCGGAUUAGUUAAGAGUUUCAAAAGUACUGCUGUGGUACCGGCUGUUCCGGUUCCAUAGCUUAUCUCUGAGCGGAGCGGCGGCUCCGGUCCUUGGUAAACUCUCCGGUAACGGCAGCGGGGCUGCGCGCCGUCAUGCAGCGGAACAAAGAGCAGUUUAUGGCGGUGGAAACUUUCUCCUCGCAGACGGAACUGAUCAUGGAGGUGGCGGUGGAGUAUGCCGUUUCUGUCCUGCAGCGGCUGGGACAGGAGGAGACCGCCGGCGGCCACAACUGGGCUCAGCUGACCUCCGUAUUGACUGCCAUGUCCAGAGAGGCGUCUCGUAAUAUAUGCAGCAUUUUCAGAGAGCUGUACGGCAGUAUGAUGAGCGAAAACAAAGCUCUGAAGGACAAAGUCAGUCUCCUUGAGUGUGAAAAACCACAGAAACCCUGUGCAUGCUCUGAGAACCAGGUGGUCCAUGAAAUUCAGUCCAACCUUCUCCGUCACCCGACAGUCUGGCUGUGGCCUGGGCAGUCCUAGGCUCGGGACACCCCAGCGGCGGCACUCCAGGUCCCUGUGGUCAUCUUCAGCCAGCCGCCGCUCCGCAGCCAAUCACAGGCCAGAACACCCAGAUCCGUCCAGGGAGCUGCAGGAGAAACCUGAUCCGGCUGAUGUUUCAGGCUGAAUGUGGUUUUUAGGAAACAGUACAGAUCCACACAGGAUGUUGAAACCCAGUGAGCUUCCAGACACACCCUCACCUGAAGAAGAACAAGCUGCUGCUACAGAGACCAGGAUGGGAACCGAAGAGGAAAGACACAGCUCUGUGGUUGUCCUUGACAGCCAAACAGCCCUGAGAGAGGAAGAGCAAAAGGAGCAGGAGAGGAGGAAGGAGGAGGGAGCUGUACAAGGAGAAGAGGUUCUUCUGUGAGCUCUGUAGUAAAGGCUUCCAUCAGAAACAUCAGCUGUCGAAGCACAUGGGCGUGGCCACCUGAAGCCGUUCCCCUGCAGCUCCUGUGAUAAGGGUUUCCUACAAGGCGCAGACGCUGCAGAAACACCAGCUGAGCCACCAGCUGAGAAGACGCCCAGGAGGGUGACCCCGACAAGCUGCUACACUGCGACAAAUGCGACAGGACGUUCAGGCUACGGCGGCAGCUCAGAGUCCACCAAGCCUUCCACCGGCUGGAGAAGAUGCCGCUGAAGUGCCAUGACCUGUGACCCGAACCUUCACCUCCAACAGUGCACUCAGAUAUCAUGAGGUGUCACAUGCCAAAGUCAAGCCCUUCAUGUGCGACGUCUGCGGGAAGAGUUUCACCCGGAAGAAGAGCCUCAAAGAGCACCAGGACAGUCCACACGUGCCGGGCCCGGCCGUACGCCUGCCAGACCUGCAGCAAAAGAUUUUCAACAGCCAGCAACCUGCGCGUCCAUAAGAGGUCACAACUCAGACGGCGGCCAUACAAGUGCAGUGAAUGUGACAAAGCCUUCAAGUGCAGGAUGGGGUUGUUGCAGCACCGAGUGGUUCACUCCGGAGAAAAACCCUUCACCUGCCAUACCUGUGGCCUGAGUUUCGGACUCAAAUACAACCUACAAAGACACCUGCGCCUUCACAGUGGCGAGAAGCCCUUCAGGUGUGAUCAGUGCGGGGAGGGCUUCUCAGGGACCUGGGCUCUGAAGACCCACAUGCUGGUUCAUGGUGUGGAGAAGCCAUUCAUGUGUGAUCUAUGUGGGAAAACCUUUUUCUAUAACUGUCAGCUGCAGAAACACCAGCAGCUGGUUCACAGGGGUCCAGACUGCAGGAAGUCUGGAGCAGGGCCAGCCAAACGGCGGUCAGCCGGAAUCAAACCGUUCAGUUGUAAAAUCUGUCUGAAGAAUUUCAGCAGCAGCAGCACACUGAGGACACACGAGAAGAGCCACAACCAGAACAAAGAGUUUACCUGUGACACCUGUGGAAAGGACUUCCACCUACGCCACCUGUACCUUUACCACCUGCGACAUCACAGCGGCGACCGUCCACAUGUUUGUAGCAUCUGUAAACAAGAGCUUCCUGCUGGCAUCACAGCUGAAAGCAGCACGAGCUGCUGCACACUGGAGUCAAACCUCAUCACUGCGAGCAGUGUGGAAAGGAGUUCAGGACGCCGCAGAACUACCACCGCCACCUGCUAAUCCACACCGGAGAGAAACCGUACCAGUGCAGCGUGUGCAGUCGCAAGUUCAGGCAGUCCAACCAGCUCAAGUCUCACAUGCAGAUCCACACGGGCAUCAAGCUGUACUCCUGUGGGCACUGCCAGCAGGGGUUUUCUGACUCCCGGCAGCUGAAGAAGCACCACUGUGGAGACGGGGAUGGAGACAGGGACGAGAGCACAGUCGGAAGCAAAGAGAGGUCUUCACCUGGACGGAUUCGAACCUGCUGUGACUCGGUUCCAGAGCUGUUCUGUUGUGGUUAAUCUAUCAGUUUUUUAAAUAACCCCGUGUCGAGAAAAUGAGUUUAAGCCAUUGAGGUGUAAACAGGAGGAAAAACCUUUAAAACUUUAAUAAAAUAUUAAAAAAACUCAGUUGAAAGUAAGUUGUGUCUAUUUCAACAACAGUUUGAAUAUUGUUGAUUGAGAAUGAGAUUGUUUCAGUUUAUUACAGAAAUGUAAAGAAA